GGUUAUGGUGGAGAGUCUCUAAAAAGGCUGGUGCACGGUGUGCCGACACCGCUGGACUGGCAUCCAUGGGCGCCAAGGGAAGGCUGGAUUCCGUGUGGAAGCCGGGCACAGAAGCGAAGCGUGGAUGUCAAUAGCCGGCAAGUGUUGGGGUCGAAGGUUUUGCGUGCACGGAAAGAGAGGGCGGACGACCGUUGCCAAAAAAGUGACGGAAGCACCACCGGUCAGGUGGGCCUUGCUCCGUCGUGUUGGGACUGUCUCGGUCUCCCGUCGAACCCGGUGGACGCAGAAAACCGAGUUUUUCCCUCAGCUUUCCAGAGUUCUUCCGCCUUGCUUUCCCGUACUUGUUUCAAGCUUUAACUGACGUUUCAGUUGUUCGUCUGUGUUCUGCCCUUCUGAGAUCCCACAACUCGCGACUCCGCAAAGCCGUCAUCGGCAGAGCAGAGUUGCAUUGCCGUGAGGAUCGGCACACAAAGGCCCUUCCUCGCCUAGUUUUUCGAGGCGCCGCGCGACGGACAGGCGGCCCAGCUCUGCAGAGAGUUUCUGGCAGUUGUUUCCGGCACGCGUUCCUCGCCCGCAACGACCACGUAGGGUUCAACCGGGGAAAUCGCUGCGGCGGAACACCCCCCUCUCCUCCCGUGGCCGUAAUCGACUUGCCCCACGCGCGUCGUCGCCGCCGACUGCCGGGAGCACAAGCAUCUGCGCAAAAAGCUUUCGUGUCGAAGAAUCUGCGUUUUUUUCAGAAAACCGAGGCGGCAUCAUUUGUAUAGACGGACUGCCGUCUGACCGCACGUACAACCUUGGUAUUUGUGUCACUGUUUGUGUACAACUCGCGUGCACGGCGAGUGCGGCUGUGCUACGGUUGUCGACUCUUACCAGAGGCUCAAUCGGUUUUUAUGAAAUCGGGCAGUUGCCCUUUCACGUUUUCGCCCACUCUUUCUCACCCUCUUGAAAUAGCCUGGCGAGCUCGUCCACUUCAGUGGCCGGAAAUCGAACGCCAGCCCGAACCAGCUGCUCCCUGUGGCGCGUUGUAUCCCGCAUCUCGCGUUCUGUCCUUUUCACCCACGAUGCGAGCGAUUCGUUCCGUUGUCGGCCUUCCCGUUAUGGGGGCUGCAGUUUUCUUGGGACUUCUCAGCGGAGAACUGCCCAACUCCUCCGUGUUGCCCGUCCCCGAGGUGGCGAGCACCCCCUUCCUCCUCAGCGUCGCCGCUGACGGCGAUGGCGGCAAAAACUAUGCGGAAGUCGCCAAGGUGGAAGCGUUGACAAAUAUGAUCAGCACUCCCAUUGAGCUCUUCGUGAAGGACGUCUGGCAACAGCUGUUCCAUAAAUCUGGCAAGCCCGUGUGGGAAAACAUGUUGUUCAAAUUCGGCAGUAUGAUCCGACACCGCGCCGCACACAAGGCCACUCUCGUGAUUAUGUGGGAACUGAGGCACUUCCUGUAUGGCACUGCCAAAGUGAACCCCUCGGCGUGGAAGAAGUUGGAGACCAAGUUCGAGACCUAUUUGCGUGAGUGGUGGAUGACUGUCCCUGAGGACCCAUGGGCUGCACUGCAUGCAGGGGCGUGGAAGUCGCUCCUCAAGCUGUACAACGAAGACCUGGAGCCGCUUCUGAGAGGCAGCCCGAAGCUGAAGGACCUGGAGAGUAUCCUGUUCGACUCGAAGCUGGCGACGAUCCGCAGAUGGACCGACGAGGCCCACAUCGAAGUGAUGAAGGGCCGGACUUCUAACAUGGUUCCUCGGCUUGAGGCCCUGAGUGCGAAGAUGGCCGUGAAGCAGAAGGCCAUGCAGGGCAAGCAGUGAGCGAAAAGUGACCCUCGACAGAGAGGCGGUUCGCACCCUCACAGGGCGAGGUCGGGGAGAGGUCGGCAAUCCAGAGAAAUCUCGAAAUCCGUGGAUUGAAUUCGAAUGACGCAUGCUAGGGAGAGCUGGAAGAGCGAUGUUCGCUCCCCGGGUACGUUUUCCCUUGCGCGCACCGCGGAACCGGCUGCGGCCUGUAGAGGAGGGGAAGGUGCAUGCUCAAUGUAGAUGAUGUAGAAUACACUGGCACUUCUUCCACCAGGAGGCAUAGAGAGUACCUUCGCAACCUGUGUCCUUCGUGCUCCGUGCACCGCCGUAUUCGUAUGAAAGAGUCUGUGGAGAGGGACUUCGGUUGGAGCUGGUGAGAGACUAAGGGCGCAUGGACAGAGAGGCUUUUAUUGGCCGUGAAAACGGACGGGCUCGGGGAGGGUGAAGCGGAGGGCAGAAGGCAGAAGGGUUCAUUGCCUGCGAUGCCUGGUGUGUUCCCGUCGCUUCUUGUGUCAUGGAGUGCUCGAUGCGCGGCCUGUGUGAAACGGUGCGAGCGUUCCCCAUCUUCCGCAGUGCAUUCGCUGUCGUGUAGACGUAUAUCCCUGCGUGCUGAUCUCGAUGCAUGACAUGUGUGUGGGUACGUCAGCGAAGAAUGUGGUAGAACCAUUUGUAUGUCCCUGUGGGACGCGAACGAACGCUGUGCCACCGAGACCUGCCCGUCUCGAGCCAUGUGUCAUGUCGGCAUGAGACGGAGGAAAACUCUUCCGGUCGCCCUCCCGUUCAUGUAUCUCCGCGACACUCAAGGGUUGCCCAAGAAGAACCCGGCAGCGGCGAGAAAGCAAAGGGUACGCCGUGCUCAGCACUCUGUCCCCCGCGAUAGCGAAAGCACACAACAAAGGAACGCACAUGUGGUGCGGUGGAUCGUGUCGGGGGUUUUUUGCCGGCGGCUUUAGUCUCGACGCGAGUGAGGUCCCCACGAAAAGACUCGACACACCAGUGAAAUGCAUGUGUUCUCUCCUCGCCUUUUUUCCUUGCAAGAGGUUCCAUGUUUCUGAAACAGUCCCGCUUGGGCUACGGUCCGUUCCAGUUCGGGUGAACUCGGAGGACACAAAGCAGAGAUGCGCAUUCAUAUGUAUGUAAAUAUAUUAUAUACAUAUUAUAUAUAUAUAUAUAUAUAUAUGCAUGCGUAUGCUGUGAGCAGGCGCAUCUGUACAUGUUAAUCUGUGGCGUCUUGGACCAUUGCGCAAGCCUUUGGAAGGGGGGAAAGGGCUUUGGUGACGCCAACGGAGUUCUCAUGUGCAUAGUCACUCCACAUGUGGAACACCGCGGGAGAGUUACGGAGCGAACAUGGCGCUCGUGUAUCGCAGUAGAAGUUCAUUUUCGUUUUCUCCGUCGAGACAAAAACUAGGCAAAAAAGUGGCCGCUCUGUUUUCUGGGUGAUUCGUAGAAUCGAUUUCGCCUCUGUUGACGGUUCUGUCUCCUUGUACAAAAGCAUAUAAUAGAUGGUGGAUGAAGUAUGUGUCCCCGAAGUGGACUGUUUCAGUGUUCCCUUGUCAUCUGUACUGGUUGUUUACGGUAGACGUCAGAUUUCAAGGUGAGACUGGAACGGCUUCCCCCCGCUUUUAGAAACAAACCCAUUUUCUGGAUUCAAGUUGACGUUUCCUACCAGA